CCAAACAGUUUGCAUUAUACAGUCUUUUAAGUGGACUGCAAAACCUGAAAGCUGGUGUUGUUGGUUUGCAGUCGUGCUAUCUGCUAACCGCAAGCUCCUCUCUCUGCCACACACUGCGUUUUCAUCGUCGUCGCUCUUUCCAUCCUUGGCUGGACCUCUUUCUUCAUCCCAAGUUCUCUACCAUCUCCUCACUGUGUCCCAGGUCUCAAGGAAACUAUCGCCUUCUCAACAUUGAUACUCAUUAUCUCUCGUCAUGGAUGAUUCAUCUGGUCAACCACCCGAACCGCGCGAGGAUCGCGGUCCGCGCAUUCCUCCUGCAAAACUCUCAACGAUCAAUCCCGACCCGACCAUCUCCCUCUUCUUCAAGCCGACCAAAGGCUCCCCUCUAGUCCUCCUUGAUGGCAAAUUCUCGCGAGACGCCGCCAUGAUCUUCUGCGACCGCAUUCGCCACGACCUGAUGGACAACAAUAGCAAAUCCUUCACUAUUGUCGGCGGGAACUGGAACGGACUCAAGGAGGUUUUGGCUUGGAUCAAACAGUGUGUUGCCGAGCAGAGCAUCGUCAAGUUCAAAGAUCUCGACGACAAUGCACCAGAGCUGUUCACCACCUACGCCAACGUUAUCGUCUCUGCCCACUACCUAGGUAUUCCGCCGCGUGACCUCUCUGAUCAUGUUCUCAAGCGAAUGUCCGCCGUCGCCCGUAAGCGUCUCAUGGGCUGGAAGGAAGUCGAAUGGUUCUACACGACCUCUUUACUAGCGACGCUCCCCGACGAGAAAGAAAAGGCUGUUCGUGAGGUUGCUGCCGCUUCUGUGUUCUGGGCGUGGUGGAACGGCAAACUCGAUGAGAAAGAAACCCCUGAGGAGAUGAUGACAUUGAGCGUGUUGAGACAGGAGCACAGCAAGUUGGAUCAGGAUCUGCAUGGUUGGUGUGAGAGGAACGAGGCAGAAGUGAGGAAGAAGUGGGAGGAGAAGGACAAACUCAAGAAAUCCGGCGGUCGUGCGAAUGGCCAUCGUGGCGAAAAUGGACAUGCGGUUGACGGCACCAGUGGAAGCGGAAGCGGGGACGGAGGCGGAUGGGACGAGCCAGCAGCGGUGACUUCCCCAGGGACUAACGGCUGGGACACCUUCAGCAGCGAAGGACCCCUGGGCCCGCCCAACUCGGUCGCCACCCAAGACUCCGGUGUCGACGUGGGAUUUGGUGGUAAGAACAUUCCUGCUUUGCCUCCUCUGGAUGAAAUGGACGGGAUCAAUGGUGCCGGCGGUGACUGGGCAGAGGAGGUCAGCGAGGUUACUCGGCUCAACAGUCAGCAGUGGUAGGACCCUGGGUACGGAUCCGGAGACGGUGCACGUGCAGAAGUACGGACACAAUAAGCCAACAAUCCUCAACGAACUUGUCCAGAGGAGAUGAGUGCACAA